GAGGGGCGCGGAGGGGAGGCGCGGGAGGCCGCACACAAACUACGGAGAGAGGCGAACAUGGCGACGGGCCCCAGCAGCAGGCCGCAGCGCCCGCACCUCAAGGAGCGCAUCUUCGGACUCAUGAUGGACGCGUUCCACGACGCCGUGGGGCCGCCCAAGCAGGCGGUGGACAAGCGGCUGGUGGAGAAGACGUGGAAGCUGAUGGACAAGGUGGUGCGCUACUGCCAAAACCCCAAGGUGCAGCUGAAGAACAGCCCCCCGUACAUGCUGGACAUCUUGCCGGACACGUACCAGCACCUGCGCCUUGUGCUCGCACGGCACGACGACCGCAUGGCCGCGCUGGGCGACAACGAGUUCUUCAGGGUGUUCAUCGACAACCUGCUGAGCAAGAGCAAGCAGGCUGUGAACCUCUUCAAGGAGGGCAAGGAACGCAUGCACGACGAGCACUCGCACUGCAGGCGAAACCUCACCAAGCUGUCGCUCAUCUUCAGCCACAUGCUGACUGAGCUCAAGGCCGUCUUUCCCAACGGCAGCUACCAGGGAGACUCGUUCCGCAUCACCAAGGCGGAUGCAGCCGACUUCUGGCGGAGGGCCUUUGGAGACAGGACCAUCGUGUCGUGGAAGGCAUUCCGGCAGUGCCUGCACGAGGUGCACCCCAUCAGCUCGGGCCUAGAGGCCAUGGCCCUAAAAUCCACCAUCGACCUCACAUGCAACGACUACAUCUCCAUAUUUGAGUUCGACAUCUUCACUCGUCUUUUCCAGCCCUGGUCCUCGCUGCUGCGCAACUGGAACGUAUUGGCCGUCACGCACCCUGGCUACAUGGCCUUCCUCACGUACGACGAAGUCAAAGCACGGCUGCAGAAGUACAUCAGCAAGCCCGGCAGUUACAUAUUCCGGUUGAGCUGUACACGGCUUGGCCAGUGGGCAAUCGGCUACGUGACAGCUGAUGGAAACAUUCUCCAAACAAUACCACACAACAAACCACUUUUCCAAGCCCUCAUUGACGGUUACCGCGAAGGCUUUUACUUGUUUCCGGACGGCCGUAACCAAAACCCAGACCUGAGCGGCUUGUGCGAGCCUCUACCGCAAGACCAUAUCAAAGUCACCCAGGAGCAGUACGAGUUGUACUGCGAGAUGGGCUCCACGUUUCAGCUCUGCAAAAUCUGUGCAGAGAACGACAAGGAUGUGAAGAUAGAGCCAUGUGGCCACCUCAUGUGCACGUCCUGCCUCACCGCGUGGCAGGAGUCGGAUGGGCAGGGCUGCCCUUUCUGCCGGUGUGAGAUCAAGGGCACAGAGCCCAUCGUGGUUGACCCCUUUGACCCGCGGGAGUUCGGCCGCCGCUUGGCCAUUGAUCAGUUCGACUUCCGAGAUGAGUGCCGGCGGUCAGACAUGGACAUCCUCUCCCCGACCUUUGAACUGGAGGAUGACGACGAAAGGCUGGAGGAACCGCCAGUCUUCAUCAAUCGCUUGGCCUCCGUCAAGAAGGUGGAGCACCCCGACUCGCCCGUCUCGUCUCCGCCCUCGUCGCCCAAGAUGGGGCAGCGCAGGAAGCUGCCCCCGGACCCAAUGAUGGGGUUGCACCAUGCAGCCCCCCUCCCCCCCGUGCCGCCCCGCCUCGACCUGGUCCAGAAGAUGGUGUCGCCCUCGUCGCCAAACCUCAGCCCCAACUCCUCGCCGAAGAUGAGCAGGAAACACGAGAAGCCGCUGCCUCCUCCGCCUCACCAGCGCGAGAUGGGAUCUCACCGCGACCUGCCGCCGCCACCCCCAGAGAGACCGCACGGCUCGUCGUCGCGCAAGCCGCUGCCCGUCACCCCCGAGAGCCCCCCGCCGCGAGACUACCCCAUGCUGCCCGUCAACCUGCCCCGCCAAGCCGACCACUUCAUGAUGCCGCCCACCCGCCCGCUGCCCGUGCCGGGCACCGCAACCGAUUCGGGAGUGCCGGCCGACGGUUGGAUGGGCCGCGACCUCUCCAGGAUGCUUCCCUUGCAGUUUGGGGCGGACUCCGGCCGCGACUUCUCCAGAGCCGCGUCCGGCCCGAGCGCUUCCGAAUCGAACCACAGGCACCUGGCCCUCGCGGCCAGCCCGAUGGACGCGGCCGGUCAGAACGCCGCGACCGUGAGCCAUGUCGACAGUCACGCCGGUUGGGACUUCCAGAGGCACGCAUUGUCGUCCGAAGGUGGUGGCGGAGUGACGAUGAUGAUGCAGGGAGAUUCACGACAGACGCGGCCGGUACCGGUCCCCGGCCUGUCGGAGCACGCCGCCGCCGUGAACAACCAGCACGUGCUGGCGAGUGGCGAGGCGAGGCAUGGCCUGGAGCUGCUGCGGCUGCCCCCCGCUCACCAGCACGGCUCUGACAGAUCGGGGUCCCGAAAACUGACCGAGAAAGCGAAGAAUGGAACGCCUAAUGGAAUGGCCGAUGGAGACUCGCGACACAAUUCCUGGAGACCUCCCUCGUCUCCUAACCACAUCACAUCCGCUAAGAAACCUUUUCCACUGGAGAGACUGGACAGCUCUGACGACGAGGACGAUGGGCAGAUGCCAGCUCACACAGAGAUGUCCGCUUCUGGAUACAUGACCAACAACGCUCCAGCCAGUCCACAACAGCAUAACAACAGCAGCCUGGACACGGACUUGGAAAAUCAGACGUACGAUACUGCAUACAACAUACAAGCAGAGCUAAUGGCCUUAAACAUGCAAUCGGAGCUCAACAUUGAAGAAGAUGAGUACGAUUUCCCAACCCAUUCUGUGCCAAUCAAGGCUCCCGUGGAUUCCACUCAGCUGGAGCUCGACUCCCGGCUCUCCACAAACCAGGGAUCGGACGACGAGUACGAUGUGCUGCCGCACCCGGUGCCCGUUGUGCCGAUGCGCCGCAACGCCCACGAGGCUUCGCGUGGUCACCGCACCCUGGAGAAGGCGUCUUCGGAUGCCGGCACCAGAGGCCACAGAAAUGUUGAGCGAUGUCACUCGGACUACGAUAUGGUUUCUGGAAGAGAAGCAUCAGAUUUGGCCCAGGCUCCGGCCCGGCCACCCAAGCCUCUUCCACGGAGGGCCAGCGCGGAGCGCAGCAUGUCCCAGAUCCUGUACGAGUCCCCAACGCAAGACGCUCGGCCCACCAGUCAGCACGGCUGGCUCGACUCGUCGCAGCAGCAAGAGUCGGCGGAGGAAGAACGUGAAACUUUAAUAUCCCUUUUGAUGAGGGAGGGGUACUCCUUUGAAGAUGUGCACCGUGCCCUUGUGAUUGCCCAGAACAAUUUGCAGCUCGCGCGCAGCAUCCUGCGGGAGUUUGUGGCUGCCCCUGUCCGGCUGUAGUCCCCCAAUAAGCGAUGCUAAGUGAGCAGAAAGGUGCAUCGCAAAGCGGCAUGCAAUUUGCCGAAGGAACGGCUACUAUUGCCUUGGCUGUAAUGGCACGACUUGGCCCAUUUGCAGUGUUUUGACGGUCGCGUGACUUUUUCCCCUUCACCCCGCGGCCAAUGGGAGGAAGAACCAGCUCGUGGCGGCGCUGUGCGUCAUCGGAACGGUGUCGAGUGAGAGCGGCGUUUAGUUUUGGCAUAGAGGGCCAAAUAAAAAGGUCCUGCCCCGAGCGCCAAGACGGCAAGGAGAUGCGCCAGCUGUGCCCACUGAGCCUCGCCUGCGUUGUAAGAUUGAGCUCAAACUCCCCGAGGUGGUAGUUACAUACCACCGGGCACAUGGGAGGGCAGUAGCUUUGGGGGGGUCAGGGGGCCCAUGUCGAUCAAUUGAGCAGCGUGCGUGAUGGGUGGGGUGGUUCAUGUAGGCACGGGGGGGGGCCCCGUGCACAUUUAUCCGUAGCGGUGGUGAAGGCGUGGAGCAGUGGCCCCUUUCCUGCCUCCAUGCACCCAUGUCCUUGUGUAUCAACAAGUAUGCAAAAAGGGGGCCCAUCUGCAAAAAAAAAAAUCGACUUGCUCAGUAUUGCAAUUUAAAAGUUAUAUCCAUAAUUCAGUAAAGCUUCGUCUAAUCAAAUGGAAUGCUUUGGAUUAAAUUCAACUGCAAAGUAUUUGGCAGGUAUGCAUUCUUAAACUUCGUUGACAGCAUAAUGUCAUACAACUUUACAAUACAACUUUGUUACUUAAAAUGAACUCGGUGGGAACGAGAGCCGCAUCUUGACUUUUGCAAUGGGUCAUGCAAGCAAGCGGCGCGUUGACUGCACGCGCUUCUCCAUGUGACGCGUCUUCCUCGUCCUGCAUUGCGUUGUAUUUAUAAGACAAGACCCGUUUUUGUCUGAACCUAGGUUUCCUCGCAACGGUUCCUUGCAACUGCGGUGCCUCCCCUUGAGUGCCUGUGCCUUUUUUAGGCUCCCCACUGCCGAGUCUGACGCCUCCUCCCUCGUGCGCGCUCGCUUUUUCCGUCUUGAGUACAGAGUCGCUUCCGACAUAUUUUUAUUGCUACCCGCAAACGGUGGCAGACUUCCCCCUUCCCCCCACAAAUGUUCCAUUUUUAAAUACCGGCCCAUUGCUGGGGUUGGACAGAGGCCCGGGGGGGUGGAGGAGGCAGAUUUUUAAAUCCCCAAUUCGCCUGCCACCAGCCACCCAGCAGUAUAAUAAAUAUGCGCAGCACAGUAAGUCCGUCAGCAGGGCAUGUGCCCGUGGGGUAAAGUAUGGGUGCUCUCACGUCCUUUCAAGAUAUCUAGCCGUCUUGGAAGAUUAGGCCAAAUACCCUCGAGAGGGGAGCUCCCUCUAGUGGAGGCCUUUCUGCCAGCAGUGGCGUGAGUGGGACACUGCAAGGCUGCACCACCCAAGCUUUUGAAAAGCUUUUUUUUUAUACCCAAAAUGUUUAUUUGGGGGACCUUUUGCAUUCAAAGUUAUUGGUUGUAUGUACGAGGCUUCGCGGACCGCCAGGUUCUGGGUAGCUUGCACUAACGUAGACUGCAUCUGAAACAUUGCUCCGUCUGCUAAGCCUUAUCACCAGGGUCUCACCGCUGGCCACAGCACCCCAGCACUUUGAUUUCCACAAAGAUAUGGGUGGGCUGGGGGGCCCUUGGUACAACCAUGUCCUUGUAACUUUGUGGGGAGAGUAGGGGUUAAUUCAUGCAACCUUUUGUAACUAACCUAAUGUGAAUUUAGAUUUGCCUGCUAUACAUUUUCACGUGAUGAGCCACUUCGUUGAUCUAUCUUUUGUGGCCAGGUCGCUUCUGAAAAAGAGCUAUAUAACUCAGUCGGCCUUGCCUGGUAAAAUAACAAUGAAAAAUGUAGUUUUAGUUUCAUAAUACAAGCAGGUUUACUUUAAAAAUAACAAAACGCCCCAAAAUUCAAAACCAGAGUGUUGGCAACCUGCUGGUAGCAGUGUGAUUCUGUUUUACUAAAAAGCGAGGCGUGGAUGGGCAUCAACAGCUGUGGCCACGAUGGCGUCUCGAUUGUUGAGAACGAUGAACCAGCUCCUCUCGAGUUCUGCUGUGAACCUCAGGCAGACACACGGAAUGCCAAUCGGUGCAACGUGGGUUGUAGGAGUGUCGCGUGUUUGUACCGGGAUUAGUCACUUUAUUGCACAAUAACUGUUUAGUGGUGUCCGCUUUGUGUUGAGGUGUGAGUGUUAGCCUUCCGUGGUGUGGAGAUUACCAGCUGGUUCCAGCAAGCGGUUUUCUUGGGUGGCUUUAGCGGAACUGGCGUGCGAGCAAGCGGAGCCUGCUGUCGGGGCUUGCGGGGGCUGUGUGGGCGACGGGUACAGGUGGCACGGUGACGGCAGGAGAGAUUCUCUCUGGGUGGAGUUCUGCUCUGAAUCGUGUUUCUAUGGCACAAUGUAGACGAUGGUAGAAAGUACACGAAAGUCAGUUUAAAAAAAUAUACACUUUGAAAACCAAAUCAGGUUUUUAUUACGUAAAUAUUUGCAUUAACUGGUCUUUUUAAAAGGUUUUUAGCUUUCCACGCAUUCAAGUGCAUUAAACAGUGGCAGGACUUUUGUCUGCUGGGCUGCAAUUGGCAGGAUAAUGAAAUCGGUGAUUUCAGUUGUUCAUUCUCGCUUGCACGAGUUUACUUAUUCCUUAUGCCCUAACAUUUGCCUUCCUCUUGGUUAACCGUGCUUUAGUCUGUAUCACCACUCCUUAAUGUGAAUAUAUAAGGGAACAAAUCUUAUUUCCUAUCUCAACCGAUGUCAGAGGUGACUGGUGUAAUCUUAAUCACGUUCGCAGGGAAGUGUUCAUUUCCGACAACUCGUGUUCUCGUCGGCUUUUAAGUGUUUUUUUUACGACUGCUAUGCGUAGUUGUUUGGUCUUGCGUCACCUGAUGAUGUUGAUGCCUUUUUUUAUUGCAAAAAAAAACCCAGUUUAAAAAAAAAAAACCCAGUUUCUAAAGACGAUCGAAGCAGCGACGUCCAAAACCAAGUUAAUAAAAAAAAUGUUCACUCCAUCUUGUGCAUCUGCGCAGAAAUAUCCCCUCGUUGUGAUGGUCACGUGGCGGGCGCGUGUGACCAGGUGAUAUCGAUCGUUCGACGCGUCUGUCGAAGUUGCCUUUCUGUUGCAAAAUCCAAAUGCAUUGGAGGGGGGGGGGGGGGGGGGUGGCCCUAGCUGCCGAACGGCAAAAGUACUCGGCAUAGACGUUUGCCUGUGCCUGCUGGAGCUUGUGCAGCGACGCAGUGCAGCGUUAUUCCUGGCCCCCCUUAGCACGCGGGUUCUAUCUACCACGCUUUGGAAGUGUAUCUUGUAAAAAUUACUUUAGAAAAUUACGUUAAGUCCUGUUUCACGUAAUGGCUUAAAAGUUUGUAUAUUUAUGUUUAGUACUAUCCUCGUGAUUUAGGGAUGGUAUUUUUUUUAUGAAUUUACACAUAGCUUGUUUGAUUAUUUAAAAUAUACUUGUAAAUUAUGUUGGAAUAAUUGUAAAUGUUGGACCUGUUGACAAAUUGUUUUAUGCUAUACAGAGCAUCGUUGAAUGUUUUCUGUUGAAUAAGGUUUUCCAUAUUUUUGAGGCUUGAAUCGGUGGUAUAUUUUGGUACAUAGUUAUUUGCUUAACGAAUAAGUCUGGUUAAUUCACAAAUAUUCCCAGCCAAUUAACUCACUUUCAACAGGAUGAUCAGCUCAGGGCCAAUUAUCACCUGGAUUUGUGGGGGAAAAGGAAAAAUAUUACUAAUUUUACAAUGGAAAUAACUUUUUAAACAAACAAUUGGGAAACUAUCGUUUAACUAUCACUUCUGCUCAUUAUCGUUCUUAAGUCCAUGCAACAUGCUCAUUUGUGUGUGUGGUAGCCUGUAUUAUCUUGGCCUGUAGAAGUACCAGCAGAAAAUCUCUACAAUUCUCUUACAUUUCUAAAUCAACCCGAUAAUUAAUCCUUACACUUAAUUCCAGAUUUAAAUCUAUACAACCGAUGUACAUGUUGCACUGACUGCUUUCUAAAGCAGGUUUUUCAGAAGGGCAGAAGAUGAACCCUUGGCCAUUUCCCCUCCAUGUGAAGCGUUAGCACAAAAUGUUCCAGUUUCUCGGAUCUCUCUCAACUACUCGGAUUUCAUAGUGGAGAUGUACACGCAGGGUACCUAUAUUUCGUUAAGUUACUCAACAAGAUGUUGCCAUGGAGGGAAUGUGGCAAGGCCCAAACGUUGUUUUCCUUCUGCAGCGCUGGGAUGUCAAUGAGGGCCCAUCUGCAUCGCGCCCUCCGUAUGAUCAGAGGGCCAACACUUGGGUCUCAAUCCACUCCUCUACUCCGGCUGGCUAUGUCUAACAAGGCCAGGGCACAUUUAUCCAUAUAUCCUUUCUCUUGCCCUCACAGCCCUUUCGCUGUGAGGGUUUGUCGUGUAUGGCCAGCUUGUACACCAUUGACAGCAUAUGUGGGGUAUGGUCUGGGCAUGUACAGACCUGGUGAUUUUUUUUUUACAUUCUGCCAUAAUCACGAUUACCUUCCCCAUUCUCCCAAUCUUGGGAUGUUCCUCAAUCAGCCGCUGUCCUGUUCUACCCCCCCCCCCCCCCCCCCUCGUGUUCUUGAAUUUAUCUCAGGGUGUUUUGCUUCAAAUAUUCCAUGAUUAAAAAAAACAAUUGUGAUACAAGCAGUACACAGUAUUUAAAUAAUGGAUGUUUCAUUUGUCAUUCCUUAAGACUUACGUCAGGUAACCGGAUUGAUGUUAUUUGAUUUAGGAUGAGAAUGUGUAUAUCAUUCCGAGUUGUCGCCUGACUCGCCAAAAAUAAAUCCAAGGUGGGUUUAUUUCUACAUAUGAGCAUGACAUUAUUUAAAGGCGUUGCUGCUUUCAGUAAUUGUGCAGCACGGAGAUGAAUCCGCAAGAUCUCGACUGCUUUUUCCUUUCCGUCGCACAUUGUUGUAUUCCAGGAUGUGGUUUGUGGGUUUGUUAUGAUAUGAUGUGCACCACUCAAAGCACAGAUUUAUUGUAAGAGAUUGAGCCUUGACAAUAGAGUUUACAGAGGUGUUCUUUUUGAAGUUGAUAUUGCCAGACAGUGUGAGAAAAAUGUAUAUAAAGUGGUAAUGUUUAGUACUACACUGUGAAUGGUACUAAUGCAAGUACUGUAUGCGUCAGGAAAUCCGCAUUAACCUUUUUGUACAAUUUAUUUGUAAACUUUGCAUCACGAUAUAUGUCCACGUGUCACUGGAGAGGACUUUUUGUCCACUUUACAUAAAAAAAUAAUCCCAAAAAAUCCAUAUGAUUUUACAGUUGCACUCACAACAUUUAACCUCUUGUUUUUAUUGUUUUAAAUGGCUUGUCUGUCUUUUCUGUACAAAAAAAAUGUUUGGCAAGGAUGAAGUCUAGUUCAGUCAUGGAUAAGUCCGCUUUUGAAUAUCACGAGAAACUGAUGUCCGUUUGUGUAAAAGGGACUUGCAUCCAGGUUGUUGGUGGAUUUUACAUUUGACAAACUCAUACAAUUGCGAUCAUGGAUGUGUUGUGGUUGGACGUGUUACGUGGAGAUAACCACUCGUGACGUGAUUCCAUGCCCUUUGCCUAGAGGACCUCUGCUGAACUGCAGCGGGAGAAAGUGGAACCGAUUGGAAGCGUGGCGGAUCGCGGUUUUUUUUCUGGGUGGGUCCCACUGGCGGUGAAUGUUAACCUGACCGCGAAAACAAUAGACCCCUUGACUUAGCUGAUGCCAAAUUCAUACUGUGAAGAUUGUUAUAAGUCCGAAAUUGUGAGUUUUAAACAAGUCCCCGGUAAUUAAAUCGGCCAAAAAGUUUUGCGUAAUUUGAUUUUUUUUAUUCCAAGCCAAGUGCCUUGUAUACAACACCGAGCCUCACGCGCGCGGACUGUCUUCCCCCUGGAGUCGUGUGGCUCAAUGCCGCGACAUUCCCAUUGGUCUCCGGGGCGCCCCACCACGUCAGUCUUCACGCAUUCCUUGGCCGUAAAACAUCAGGCCGGGUUAUUUCGGUUGCACUUCUAACUGCUUCGGAAUGGAUUGGGGGAUGCUCAUUUGCUUGUGAGCCUUACACACUUGUCGCUUUUUUCGUGGCUAAUUACAACAAAACACCCUCCAUUCUAAAUGUUUCCAUUGAGGAACAAAAGGUAGUUCUAGGUGAUAAGUAUAAUUAAUUAUUGAUUACUCGUUAAGUUGUACGGCUGCCGUUUGAUCGGGGGAAAAGUAAACUUUUGAAAUGUUCGAAUGUACGUAGUAUUCUGUAAAAAAAAUUAAGACUGACUUUGAAAUGAUUAACAUUCUUUUUUUUACAAUGCUAUAUUUUCAGCAGAGGGAGCCGCUGCAGCAAACAUUUUAAUCGUGCCGUGUUUGAGGCUCGCGCAGCGUCUCUGCUCCCCUCUUACACCAACCGCGCUGACCGGUGUGGUUGGUGAAGUAUGGUCAAAUAACCCCCCCCCCCACAAACCGCACGGCACGGCGGAGGCCCUCGUCCAGCAGUGGACCGACAAAGGGCCGCACCGUAGCUUGCUUACAGCUGCCGUGUAUCAACACAACGUAGUGUUCGGAUUGUGCUGACAUUCUUACGGUUUAACCUGGAACAAAUCUGCGCGAAUUGUUUCAUUUGCUUAUGUGGUGGGGGGGGGGGUGACAGGGGUGUGGGCAGGUUGUGUACGGCAAGACGGCAGAAUAUUCAUGAAUCCAGGUAGGACCUAGAUCGCAGGUAGCCGCGUGAACCGCUGUGCUCGCGUGGAAAGCCAUCUCGGGCACGUGUUCGUGGCCAGUAAGAGUAGCAGCUUGAUUACAGUGCCUAACCACUGGCCAGCCCUGCCCUGUGCAAUUUACUCUCUUAGUAUCCACUUUGUCUUAACAAAACAACUGUAUUGGUGAUGAAAAAAUAGCUAAAAUAAUAACUGUUGUAAAAUAUUUUUGUUAAAUAAAACCAUAUAUCUGGCUAAAU